CAAAAUUGUAAUAAAUUCUGUUUGUUUUGAGACAUCUCAAGCUGUUGAAAAAUCAAAUGCAGGAGCAUUAAUUUUUUUCUUAUCACAUUUCAAUACACGAUAAGGAAUGGACGAUGAUGGCCCAGCCGACAGCAACACAGAUGAAUUCUAUGACAUCAUAGACUCCGUUAGCAACCAGAAUCUUAAAAGCAACAAUAAUUCAUCCCCCAAUCAAGUCUCAUCCAGGAAAAACAAUUCCUUAUCAGAAUCUGAAGGCAACAGGAAUGUGUAUAUAGUCAUGCAGCAACUGAACUCCAGUAACCCCAACACAGUGUCCAGCCAUGUCAUGACAUUUAGCAGUGGGGACUCUGUGGCCGGCUCCACCACAUUGAUGCCACCACCAGCCACACCAGACAGGAAGCAUUCGCAUGAAGAUGUCAGUCUAGAUUCAGAUAGUGAGAACAGUAUUAAUGCCUGUCUAAUCUGCGGAGACCGGGCCUCAGGGUACCACUACUCUGUCUACUCAUGUGAAGGCUGCAAGGGAUUCUUCAAGCGCUCAGUACAGAAGAACCUGCAGUAUGUCUGCAAGGACCAAGGGAUGUGCUUCAUCAACAAGUUCUCCCGCAACUCAUGCCAGUUUUGCCGCUUUCAGAAAUGCCUUAAUAUGGGAAUGAGACGAGAUGCUGUUAGAGAAGACAGGUCUCCGGGGGGCAAACACAGGCACAAACGCCCCAGGAUAGAGGACGGGCACCAUCUUGUGGUGGCGCCGGCCACAACCACUACCAUGCUGCCUGGUGACGUUGUACAUUCACACAGUGUCAAAUCCUCCGCGGAGAAAACACCUGUCGUUGAUGAUCCGCUGCGGGACAGUUUGUUAGCAGCUAAGCCUCACCUAUACCCUAAGGCUGAAAAUAAUGCUGAGCGCUCAGAAAAUAUUAGUGUUAGUGAACUGAUGCAUUAUGGGUAUCUGGAACUGCGUUACAUCAUUGAAUGGGCCAAGAAAGUACCAGGCUUUGCCGACCUGGACUUCUCUGACCAGAUGGCUUUAUUAAAGUCCUCCUUCAUGGAGCUGAAUGUCCUGCGACUGUCCUACAGAUCCAUGGAGUUUGACAACAAGAUCAAGUUCUGCGAGGACAUAAUCCUACCUCUGGAAUACUGCGAGACCAUGGGCUGGGGCAGAGAAUUGGUGGAUGGUACCCUGGAUUUUGCUCAAAGACUGAAAGAAAUCAACUUGGAUUUGACUGAGUUUUGUAUCCUCAAUGGCAUUGUCCUGAUGUACCCAGAUGCUCACGGAAUUGAGGACAAAAUCAGAAUAGCAGAGCUGCAGUCAAAAAUACUUGACUGCUUGAGACGCCACAUAGUCCGUCAGUACCCCAGCGACCCAAAGCGUUUUGGAAAGAUAUUACUGAGGCUGCCUGCAUUGAGGGUCGUCAGUGCCAAGGCGGCAGAGAGGUUCCUGUCACUGACAUUUGACGGGUCCAUACAGCUGAACGAGCUGGUCCUGGAGAUGAUGAACUGACCAUUCCAACCACCUGACUCAUCCAUCCUAGCCAACCAGAGUUCAAAUCAACUGUGUUAGUUCGAUUUCCAACAAGGAGUAUUUUGCCCGAAACUGCGCUGGUUAUUCAGCAAGAAUAGUAUUUAAGGUUGUUGUGGUGUCAAGACACAAGUCCUAACAGGAGAAACGCUAAGAACUGGGAUGUGCUGAAUCAUGCCACUUUGCCAUUGAUAACCAUAUCUGGCUAAUGUAAAUCCUAGGUCCCUCGAUGUCCAUGUACUGUUGUACUACAGAUACAUGCAUGGGUCUGUCCAGACUGUUGCCUAGGAUUGUGUUGUCCCCUCAACGGCUAUUAUCUCCAAAUAUUUCUUUGUUGUGUUUUCAAGGAAAGAUAAUUUUAAGCCUUUUGAACUUGAAUAUUUAACCGUUUACUGAAGGGCCAACAACUUUAUGUGCUGCUGUAUUGAGUUUGGUAUGUAAAUCUGAUGUUUUAAAAU